AUGAGCAGUAUCAAGGCGCGUCUGCACAAUGCGCGGUCCAAACUGCUGCGACGUAGCAGCGCGUCGUCGACCCGUGCCAGUGCACGCUCAAUAACUUCCUCGGCAGGCAGCGAGAGACAGCCACAGCCACCCAGUUCCUUGCGCAAAAGUGUCUCGCUACAGAAGCUGCCUGAGGCAUCUGGCCCCGACGCUGCGAACGACAGAACGACUGAUCCGCGAAUGGUAAGGUCGGAAGUGCUGGGAACGGCCUCCGAAAGUCAGGCCGACGUCCACGGGAGCACUGGGAGCUUGAACACCUCGCGAGAUCGACACUCGACCUACACGGGCACGAGCGCCGCAAGCACCCACGCCCGCAAGCCCUCAGCCGACGACAUCCCCAUCGUCUGUCCAGAGGUGACGCUUGAAGCACCUACGCCCAUCCAUUCCGUAGUGCAGCAGCCUGCCGAGCUCAACCGCGCGGAACCAUCGCUUUCGUCGGCACCAAGCGACCACAGUGAUCUUCCCCCCGCCAGCAGCAACGAUACGUCUCAUGCACCAUCGCCUACCCUCGUCCGCCGCCAGUCUGUCGUCAACAAGACCGAUGCGCAGAUAAUCAAAAACCUUCUCGUCCCCGACAUUCCCCAGGCUGCCAUCGCCACCGGCCCGCCCACCGUCGCCGAUUAUUUUGGCGGAGCACCCGCCAACUUCAGCGCUGGCAUGCUGCACCGCAAGAUCUGGGUCAAGCGGCCCAAUGCCUCGGCUACACUGGUGCAGAUUCGCGAAGAUGACCUGGUCGACGAUGUCCGCGAGAUGAUUCUCAAAAAGUACGCCAACUCGCUCGGCAGGAGCUUCGACUCGCCCGACGUGAUACUGCGCAUCAUACCGCGCGACGCACAGCGGGCAGGAGAGCGCACGCUGGGUCCCGAAGAGGACAUGUGCCGCACACUGGAUGCCUACUUCCCUGACGGCCAAAACGUCAACGAGGCUCUCAUCAUCGACGUGCCGCAACGGAGGACCCCCAAGCCCUCACCACGCGUGCCCUUGUACUAUGCCCACCAUGAGGACGGUGCCCAUGCGCAGACCGAGUACUUCCCGCCCAUGCCCGUCAUCGCUCCUUCUCCAGCUGCCUCGGGCCAGGAGCGCGAGGCCCGCAUGCCUCUGCCUCAUGCGCCCCACUCGAUAGCCGUGCUCAACACCGGACAGCUGCCUGCACUGCCAUCGCCCGGCGGCACCAGACGAGGGCCGUUGCACGCUCAUCGGCCCAAGUUCCCUAGAACACACACGGCCUCUCCAACCACCCUUGGCGGCGGCAUUCCCUCGUCAGCAACGUCCGCCCGCCCCCCAAACCGCCCGCGCCACGACUCCUCUGCCUCCGAAGCUAAGAACUCUGCCGCCUCGAACAACCCGAUACCUACCCCACCCGCUUCGGCCGAUCCUAUCGCACACUCCCAGACCCUCCAUGAGUCGACUCCGCCCACCCCACGUAUAUCCUCACCCCAACCGAACAACAAGAAGAAGCGGAGAAAGGCACCGUUGGAGCCACCAAGUCUACCAGCCGGCCUUCUAGAUGGCUCAGUGCCGCCUAUCAAUGUUCUGAUUGUAGAAGACAACAUCAUCAACUUGCGAGUUUUGGGUGCUUUUAUGCAGCGUUUGAAGGUUCGGUGGCAGCGCGCCAUGAACGGAAAAGAGGCGGUGACUAAGUGGAAGGCAGGUGGAUUCCAUUUGGUACUCAUGGACAUCCAGCUGCCUGUCAUGAACGGUCUGGAGGCAACAAAGGAGAUAAGACGGUUAGAGCGUGUCAACAGCAUUGGUGUCUUUAGCAGUGGUAGCACCGAAGCCCCUAACAACAAACUUGGAUCAGAGGGCAAGGAGCAAAACGAGCUGGUCGAGGAUGAUCGCCUCGGUGACAAGGGCAUGUUCAAAAGCCCCGUCAUUAUCGUCGCGCUUACAGCCAGUUCGCUGCAGAGCGACAGGCACGAGGCUCUGGCGGCUGGCUGUAACGACUUUUUGACCAAGCCUGUCAACUUUGUCUGGCUUGAGCGCAAGGUCAAGGAAUGGGGCUGCAUGCAAGCCCUGAUUGACUUCGAUGGAUGGCGCAAGUGGAAAGACUUUGCCGACAAGUCCGAGAACAACGACAACACGUCGAAGCUGUCCGGAGGCUACUCGAGCAUCGCUCCGAACAAGAAGUCAAGCAGCAUCCUAAGCCCGACCACCGCAGCUAAUCCAGAGGCAAACGGCGUGAAGAAAGAUGGAGAUGUAGAGAGAAAGAGUAAACGCAAGAGUCUAGGUGUUAUACCACCUCCCGUACUACAAGAGGAGGCCGAGACACCGCCUGCUGAGGUUGACAACGGAGACAACUGA